GACUCUGAUGACAAGAGAUAAGUAAAGGCGAUCACUCUGGAGGGCACAGUCCUGCUGCCAUGAGAAGCGGGGAGUCACUGCAGCCGCACACCCACCGCAGAGGAGCUACAGCAGGGGAGACCCCCGACCACCAGGAGACAUCGGGACAGUCACUCAGGAGGAGUUCUCCUUCCUGCUCCACAUUCACUCACAGAUACAGAGGAGCAGCACCGCAUCUGUGAGCAGCCGAGCAUCCUGCAGAGCAGAGCCUCAUCUGACAGCAGAGCAUCCUGCAGAGCAUCUUGCAGAGCCUCCUCUGACAGCAGAGCAUCCUGCAGAGCCUCUCUGUAUUUAGGAGAGAGCUGUGCAGUCACAAGUCCCCAUCUCAGAACAGCCGCCCGACCUCUGGUUCUGAGCCCCCUGUCUUCAUUGACUGGCAGGAGACCCCAGAGCUUCAAUAAUGACGGCAGAGAUCCAGCAGCCCCCAGCCCAGACCCCUGCGCAGAGCAGCCCCAUGUCAGCAGCUCCAGAGAAGCACCCCGGCCAGACAUCUGUCAUGGAAUCAGCCUCCUGCGCCACCAAGACCAAGAAGACCAACGCUGGCAUCAGGAGGCCGGAGAAGCCCCCCUACUCCUACAUAGCCCUGAUCGUCAUGGCCAUCCAGAGCUCGCCCACCAAGCGGCUGACCCUCAGUGAGAUCUACCAGUUCCUCCAGAGCCGCUUCCCCUUCUUCAGGGGGUCCUACCAGGGUUGGAAAAACUCUGUCAGGCACAACCUGUCCCUCAAUGAAUGCUUCAUCAAGCUGCCCAAAGGCCUGGGCAGACCUGGCAAAGGGCACUACUGGACCAUUGACCCCGCCAGUGAGUUCAUGUUCGAGGAGGGGUCCUUCAGAAGGAGGCCCAGGGGCUUCAGAAGAAAGUGCCAGGCUCUGAAGCCCAUGUACAGCAUGAUGAAUGGCCUGGGCUUCAACCACAUUCCAGACACCUACAGCUUCCAGGGAUCUGCUGGGACCAUCUCCUGCCCACCCAACAGCCUGUCCCUGGACCCUGGCUUAGGGAUGAUGAAUGGCCAUCUGCCCAGUAACGUGGAUGGAAUGGGACUGAGUGGACACCCGCAUCUGUCUGCCAAUGGUGGCCAUUCUUACAUGGGCAGCUGUACAGGCUCCACUGGAGGUGACUACCCCCACCAUGACUCUGGCUCUCCUCUCCUGGGAGGGGGAGCAGUAAUGGAGCCUCAUUCUGUGUACUCAAGUCCUGCCUCAGCCUGGGCACCAACCUCUACUGCCCUCUCUGGAGGUGCCCCCUAUAUAAAGCAGCAGCCCCUGUCACCCUGCAACUCUGGCAACAACCCCCUGUCCUCCAGCCUGUCCUCACACUCCCUGGAGCAGCCAUAUCUGCACCAGAACAGCCACAACACAGCCUCAGACCUGCAAGGUGUCCCCCGGUACCACUCUCAGUCCCCCAGCAUGAAUGACAGGAAGGAGUUCGUCUUCUCCUUUAACGCCAUGGCCUCCUCCAUGCACGGGGGCGCCGGCUCCUACUACCACCACCAGCAGGUCAGCUACCAGGACAUCAAGCCCUGCGUCAUGUGAAGACCCCCGACCACAGAGGACCCUGCAUCUGGGCUUGACCUUUUCACCUCAGAGGACUACAACUCCUCCAGCUCAGUGUCAGAACGCUCAACAUUUCCAUGGCCGCCGGUUCAUUGGGAAGGAAGGUGAAAGUCAUGAGGAAGAACAGUCACAAUGUAUCAACCAGAAGCAAAAAACAAUGUAUCUAUGUGACACCCAUAGGGUGACCCCUGGAUGAUGGGAGUGGAUUCCGGCCCAGAUGCGCCAUUUGCAGAGACUUUGUGGCACUUUUGAGGUCUCCUUAUAUUUAUUGCGCCUCCUGCAGUUUUUUUUUCAGUAUUUUAGGGACCUCUCUUGGCAAUAUUUGCCGUGUAAAGUGUUUUUGAUGUUUGGUCACUGUAAAUCCAGAAGAAUCUAUCAUCGGUUUAUAUAUAAUGAAGGACGAGGAACUCCUCUGUGUAUCUGGGAUUGAAGUUCUCUUUUUACUUUUCUCUGCACUGUAAAAAAAAAAUCAUUUUUUGUGUCUGUAAAUUAAAAAAGAAAAAAAAUCCAAAUAAAAUU